CAAUAACCACGUCAUUCCUUUAUCCUGAGGACGUCUGUUUCUCUCCCAAGAGCGGAAGCACGCGGAGCGGCGGAGGAGCGUACCUGCAAACCGUGCUACAGUAUCGGAUCUGGAGCGUCUACCGCGGGGGCGAUGGAGGAGAGCUCGUCGGCCGGCAGCGCCGAUCGAGGCGGAGGCGAUGCCGGAGAUUCGCUGCGUAAUGCGAGCCAGGGCAAAUCCUGCAAGGGCUGCCUGUAUUACUCCUCGCUCCUCAAAUCGGACUCCAGAAACCCUUUAUGCCUUGGCCUCACGAGGCCGCUCAAACAUGUAGUUCCUAGCUCCAUUGUGGGGGAAUCUGAGAUGGAAGCUGAUAAAGAAGGUCGAAGCCUCUCGGACUUCAGAUACGUUUGCGUUGGUUAUUCAGUGUUCUUAAAUGACAAAGAAAAUACCACUGAAAAUCAAGAGAAUCAAGCAAAGUUGCCUUUUUGUGUGGGCCUUGAGCUGUUAGUGGAUAGGAAAACAUCAGCAGCUGAGCAUGUGCCCACUCAUGUGCACAAUAAGGAAGGCCUUGAUCUGCUGACGAUUACAAGUAGAAUGUAAUGGAGAAUGGCUAAUUAGAGCUUUGCCAGGGUCUUUUACACUUUGACCAUUGUUUCUCUAGAUGAGACUUUCUGCCUUGAUGCUGUUCGAUGAAAUAUAUCUAUUAUGGUUGGUUGUGCAACUUUUUUGUGUGGUAAAAUAUUUCAUCUCUGAACCACGAUCAACAGGGGUCCAAAAAUUUACCGGUAUACUAAUGGAAGACAACUCUAUGGCUUUUUUUCCUUCUAAGCAACACUUUUCUUGGAGGAACUGGGGUGUUUUUUACCGACACACAGCUUUUUUUUUCAGAUAAUAUGGUUUGGAGUCUGUUCUUAUGUCAAUCUUCAAAUGUUCCUAGCUUCUUUACUUUUGCAUUUAUGUGGUCUUUACCAUUGUGUGGAUAUAACUUGAUGCAGACAAAAAGACUGUUCUUUUUGGUACACUAGUUGACCAGUGUCUAAAGAUGAAAUUUGCUAAACUUCAUUCAUAGAUCAUCACACUUUGAAAAUCAUCAUACAUUCGAAGAUCUACAUUGAAGCAUAUCCUGCUUUUUUUUUUCAGCAUGCCUGGUAAAUAUCUGUUAUCAAAUUUACCUGUUCAGCUUUUUCUGCAGUCACUAUUAACAAACCUUCAAGACACCCUUGUUUAUUCUCAACAAGUGCUUUCCCUAAUCUUCCCUAAUCUUGCUGUCUUGUAAAUUGAGGUUAAAAAGUUCAUGCCAUUCUUUAAUUUUAUUCCAGAAAUAUAAUCUUUUUUACUAGUUGCCU